AUGGCGAUGUCUGGAACAUACGUGACGGAUGUACCUCUGAAGGGAACGGCAGAUAAACACUACAAGAGAUGGAGAAGCGAGCAGAACCUCUUCCCUGACGCCAUCGGCCAUCACAUCCAAGGAGUCACCGUCCACGAGGGUGAUUCAAGAAAUGUUGGCACUAUUAAAAUCUGGAACUACACUCGUGAUGGGAAGGAGGAAAUGUUUAAGGAGAGGAUAGAGAUGGACGAUGAAAAGAUGGUGGUGACGCUCAAUGGGCUCGAUGGUCACGUGAUGGAGGAGCUAGAGGUGUAUGUUGUAACCUUCCAGUUCAUUCCCGAGUCUGAGGAAGGUUGCGUCUGCAAAGUCACUAUGGUGUGGCAGAAGCGCAGCGAAGACAUUCCAGAGCCCAUCCACUACAUGAAGUUCGUCGAGAAGAUGGUUGCUGACAUGGACGACCACAUCCUCCAAGAACAGACUGAAAUGGUGGAUGCUUGA